AGGCCAACAGAUUCUUGACUUUAGCUUAGGUAAAUUAUAAACGCUCAUUAAAGCAUAUUUCAUCCCUUUAAUUCUGCAUGAGUUCAUGUGGCUUUCAGCUUUCUCUUUCCCCAGAGAGAGAGAGAGAGAGAGGCAGCCGAAGAUGAUGAAGUUCAGUUUGGUUUUUAGCUAACUGGAAGAAUUGGGUACUUGAGUCUAGGACUGGUGGGUGAAGAAGCUUUUGGAAACAGAGCCAAAGGCUGAGAAUUGUCAGGUCUUUGAAGAGAUGGGAGUUGUCACUGUUGGUGAAUUGAAUUUGAAGCCAAGCAUCUCAGGGAAGAGGCCUUUUCGGCCCAGCUCUAGUACAAGGCAUGUCACUGAAUGUACCAUGGAUUCAAACGUGGGAUGAUGGUGCAAAGAGGACCUCCAAGAUUAGUAAACGAAAUGACAGUCAUGCCAAUAUCUGAUGUUUCCAGUGAUCUGACAAUUGAAGUCGGCUCAGCAAGUUUUGCGCUUCACAAGUUUCCACUAGUUUCUAGGAGUGGAAGAAUAAGAAAACUGUUGUUGGAAGCUAAAGAUACAAAAGUUUCACGUAUAAAUCUCUCUGUUGUACCGGGAGGACCAGAAGCAUUUGAGCAAGCUGCAAAGUUCUGCUAUGGAGUGAACAUUGAGAUCAGUCUAACGAAUGUUGCUAUGCUGCGUUGUGCAGCCCAUUUCCUAGAAAUGACAGAAGAUUUUGCUGAGAAAAACCUGGAAAUGAGAACGGAAGCAUAUCUGAAGGAGAACGUACUCCCAAACAUAUCAAACUCGAUAUCUGUUCUUCAUCACUGCGAGUCCCUCUUACCCAUAGCAGAAGACAUAAAUCUAGCGAACAGGAUUAUCAAUGCCAUUGCAAGCAAUGCGUGCAAAGAGCAACUCACUUCUGGCCUGUCCAAGCUAGAGCACAAUUUCUCUUCAAAACCGAUGGUGGAAACUGAAACACCUACAGACUGGUGGGGAAAAUCGCUCGCAGUGCUUAAUCUUGACUUCUUCCAACGAGUUCUAUCUGCAGUGAAAACAAAGGGUCUGAAGCAGGAUAUGAUCAGCAGAAUUUUGAUAAAUUAUGCUCAUAAUUCUCUUCAAGGCCUUGUCGUUAGAGACUCUCAAUUGGUUAAAGGAAGUUUGUCGGACCUGGAACUUCUGAAGAAACAAAGGGCAGUUAUUGAAGCGAUAGUCAGUUUACUGCCAACACAGUCAAGGAAAAGCACCGUUCCAAUGGCGUUUCUAUCGAGUUUGUUGAAGUCUGCAAUAGCAGCAUCAACAUCUACCUCUUGUAGAUCUGAUUUAGAAAGGAGGAUCGGUUUGCAACUGGACCAGGCUAUUCUUGAAGACAUCCUCAUUCCUGCAAAUUCACACGGAAACAAUCAUAGCCCCAUCUAUGAUACAGACUCGAUCCAGAGGAUCUUCUCGAUUUUCUUGAACUUGGACGAGGAUGAUGACGAGGGCACUCACUUGAGAGAUGAAAGUGAGAUGGCGUAUGACUUUGACAGCCCUGGAUCUCCUAAACAGAGCUCGAUCCUGAAGGUGUCGAAACUGUUGGACAGUUAUCUUGCAGAAGUUGCGCUUGAUUCAAACUUGGUGCCAUUGAAGUUCAUAGCACUGGCAGAACUACUCCCGGACCAUGCUCGAAUAGUGAAUGAUGGAUUGUACAGAGCAGCGGAUAUCUUUCUCAAGGUUCAUCCAAACAUAAAGGACUCAGAGCGCUAUCGACUCUGUAAGACCAUCGACUGCCAGAAACUGUCGCAAGAAGCGUGCAGCCACGCAGCUCAGAACGAAAGGCUGCCCGUGCAAAUGGCAGUACAAGUCCUCUACUUCGAGCAAAUCAGGCUUCGAAAUGCAAUGAAUGGUGGUCACAACCAGUUGUUCUUCGGCUCCAUGAAUGGCGGCCAAUUCCCUCCUCAACGCUCGGGCAGUGGAGCAGGAAGCGGGUGCAUCUCGCCGAGAGACAACUAUGCAUCGGUGAGACGGGAGAACAGAGAGCUGAAGCUUGAAGUGGCAAGAAUGAGGAUGAGAUUGACUGACCUGGAGAAAGACCAUGUUUCCAUGAAACAGGAGCUUGUGAGGUCACAUCCUGCCAACAAGCUCUUCAAGUCAUUCACCAAGAAGCUAAGCAAGCUCCAUUCCCUCUUCAGGAUUAAUAAGCCUGUAACUGCUUCUGCCAAGCCCGGCUCAGAAACAAGGCUUCUUUUCCAGAGAAGAAGGCGCCACUCUGUAUCAUGACAGUUGACAACAACACUCUUUAUCAUGUCGUGUGUGUAUAAUUAUAUAAUUCAAUUAAGAUCAUCCAAUGAGUGUAUAAUACAUUAUAGUAGUAUUACUCAUGUCAUCAUGGCUUAGCUUGGCUUGGCUGGGCUGGGCUGGGCUGCUGUCUCCUGUCUGGCUGUUGGUUUUGUUAUAUCUAAGAGAGAUAGAGAGAGAGAGAGAGGAGUAAUAAUAUAAGAGAUCUGUUGUGUUCUUUGUCUAAGUCUAACGGAGUCUUGAAUGUUUCUAUCUUGCUUCAUCCACUCCAAUUUUAAGAAACAACCAGAAAUCUUUACAUUGAGCUUGGCACCCAAUUUAAAAUCAUAAGAAAUUAUAAUAAAACAAAGAUGAUUGAUGAAUGUAGUCCCAUUAAUUCAAAUGAUGAUCAAAAGAGGUUGAGCCACUAUAAGCCGUUUUUAUCAUUCUCUGAAAAAAUAUUAAAUUAUUGUGUCCAAAAAAAAAAAAAAAGAAACUUCAAAACGACGCCGUUGAAUAUGGAAGAGGGCACCGUCCCCCUUCUUCUCAGAGUCACAGGGACACCCGUUCAGCUUUCUUAUUCUCUCUCCGUGAACAAAUCACCGUGUUCUUUGCUGGGUUCACCGGAAUGUCGCCGGUUUCUUCUUUUACGAGAAUCGCCGGUUCCUUUCCCUUUUCCAGGCUCUUCAGGCAGCUAGAACAGGAGAUGGAAACUGUGAUUAAGGUUCUACAGCCUGGACCACUGGGGAUUGUUGAGCACAAGUUCUCUGCUGAAGAGAUACGUGAGGCGAACGCUACCGUCAAUAGAGCAGUAGAGAAUUGGCGUAGGAAUGCAACCCUAGAAAAACAUAAUGAUGUACUGAAAGAUUAUAUUGAGAAAUGAUCAGAUUCUUAGCUUCAGAAGUAAGAUGAAAUUCUUGUC